AUGAAGAUGUUCGCUUGCCUUCUUGCCUGCGUGUCUCUGGCACAAGCUGGAUUCAUUGGAGCCCUCGGUGGCGGUAGUGGCUAUGGUCAUGAUGGCGGUAGUGUGGCAGUUGUCAAGGUCAUACAUGAGGAGGGGCAUGCACAUGGAGGCGGUGGAGAAGGAUUUGAUCAUGGUCAUGCUCAUGGCGGCGAGGUUCAAAUUGUCAAGAUCAUUCAUGAGCAGUCACAUGGGCACGAUCACGGGCAUGGCGAAGUGCAUCUAGUCAAAGUAAUCCAUGAGCAUGGUGACAGCUUUGGCGGUGCCGCCAGCUAUGGUGGUGGCUCCAGUGGUGUCUGGGCUGCCGGAGGCUCUGGCUGGAAUUAA